CUGCCCAUUUUCCCAGCUGGCCAAAGUUCUCGCUCAGACUGACCACUGCUAAUUUACUGCCUAUGGGGUCUUUGACAGUAUUUCUCUUCUUGUAGCUAUUUGGUCAUAUUGAUUUUUCUUUAGGCACCAAGCUUUAUUAGAAGCACACCUGCAGAUAAAUCAAAGGCAGGUUGCCUGUAUAGGAAGCUCAGUAAAGUGCAGUUAGGUAUAAGUAGAGCAAUGGAGGUUCUCUCAUCAGACAAAGUGACCAUCAACAACCCAGCAGACAUCACCAUCAUUGUUGGAUACUUCAUCAUGGUUAUUGGUGUCGGCAUUUGGGCCAUGUUUCGGACCAGUCGUGGGACAGUUGGAGGAUAUUUCCUGGCAGGGCGCACCAUGACCUGGUGGCCGGUUGGUGCAUCUCUGUUUGCCAGCAACAUUGGUAGUGGUCACUUUGUGGGCUUGGCAGGCACUGGGGCAGCUAGUGGCAUUGCUGUGGGGGGGUUUGAGUGGAAUGCUCUGUUCAUCGUGCUGCUGCUAGGCUGGUUGUUUGUACCUGUCUACCUCACAGCUGGGGUGAUCACGAUGCCCCAAUACCUGAAGAAGAGGUUUGGAGGGACCAGAAUCAGCCUCUACCUCUCCGUUAUCUCUCUGUUCCUCUACAUUUUCACCAAGAUCUCAGUGGAUAUGUUUUCAGGAGCUGUGUUCAUCCAGCAGGCAUUAGGGUGGAACAUCUAUGUGGCCGUCAUCACCCUUCUAUUAAUAACAGCCUUGUACACUGUUACAGGUGGCCUGGCUGCUCUCAUGUACACUGACAUGGUUCAGACUGUUGUCAUCAUUGUUGGGGCCUUCGUCCUCACCGGUUUCUCUUUUGUUGAAGUAGGAGGCUACAGCGCUCUGCUGGACCAGUACAGGUCUGCUACGCCAAGUAAUUUCUCUUCCAUGGAUCCCCAGCGCUACAACAUCUCCCCUCAGUGCUACACACCCAGACAGGAUGCCUUCAGCCUGCUGAGGAACCCAACCACAGGGGACCUGCCCUGGCCUGGAGUGGUGUUUGGGAUUGCUAUAGUGGGAGGCUGGUACUGGUGUACAGACCAGGUGAUAGUCCAGCGCUGCUUGGCAGCUAGCAGUCUGACCCAUGUGAAGGCUGGCUGCAUCAUGUGCGGGUACCUCAAACUGCUACCAAUGUUCCUCAUGGUGUUCCCCGGUAUGAUCAGCAGAGUCCUCUAUCCAGAUGAGGUUGGCUGUGUUGUCCCUGAGGAGUGUAAGAGGGUGUGUGGCACUGAGGUGGGCUGCUCCAACAUUGCUUACCCUAAACUGGUGGUGUCAAUCAUGCCGAAUGGUUUGCGAGGUCUGAUGCUGGCUGUGAUGUUGGCUGCUCUCAUGUCCUCUUUGGCCUCCAUCUUUAACAGCAGCAGCACUCUGUUCACCAUGGACAUCUGGACUCGCAUCAGACCACAGGCCACCGAGCGCGAGCUCAUUAUUGUGGGCAGAGUUUGGGUUUUGUGCAUCGUAGCCAUCAGCAUCUGUUGGAUCCCAGUGGUCCAGGUGGCUCAGAGCGGUCAGCUGUUUGAUUACAUCCAGUCAGUCUCAAGCUAUCUGGCUCCGCCUAUCGCCUCAGUCUUCUUCCUGGCUGUGUUUGUUAAAAGGGUCAAUGAAACGGGUGCGUUCUGGGGCCUGGUAGGAGGCCUGGUGAUGGGUCUGUGUCGGAUGUUGCCCGAGUUCUGGUUUGGUACUGGCAGCUGUAUUUUCCCCUCUCAUUGCCCUUUCUUGGUGUGUGGGAUCCAUUACCUCCACUUUGCAAUCAUACUCUUCUUCUGUACGUCAGUACUGGUGCUGGUGGUCAGUUACUGCACCCAGCCUAUAGACGAUCGACAUCUCCAUCGGCUGGUGUUUAGCCUGCGUCAUUCCAAAGAGGAGAGGGAGGAUUUGGACUGGGAGCUCGAGGAGAAAGGGAGAAAAGCCCGGAGAGAGGCUGGGGAGAGGAGGAGGGAGAAGAACAGCAGUGGUGCAGUGGCUGAAGAGGAAGAAAAGUCUGGGAUCUGUCACCUGGUUGGUCGGUUCUGUGGGUCGAGUAGUGGCUCCCAGAGCCACGAGACAGACGUACCUGAGGAACAGGAGAACCUGCCUGACAUCAGCGAGGACCCGGUGUGGAAGUCCACUGUGGAUGCUAAUGCUCUCGUUAUGAUGGCUGUAGCAGUUUUUGCGUGGGGUUACUAUGCUUAACAGUAAUAUUAAUGCUAGUUGAAAGUGGGUGUUAAAAUGUGAGUUGGUAUCUUGAUGUGACUGGAUUUAAUCACUUUGUUAGGACAAUAUACAACAGCAUUGCCAUCUGUUGGCAAAUACUUGUCACUGCAAAUCCGAGAUGUUUUUGCAAUUAAAAAAGGUUCAAAAUAAGCAGCUAUGCAAAUAUGCCUACAGUCUCACUUCUCUGUAGAGCGUUACAAGCUGUGAUCCUUCACUGCAUUGCUCCAGUUUUAAAGAGCAUGUGUAAUGCAGUAUAAAAAUGUUUUCAUCAGGUUAGAAGGCCAUUACUGUAUACAGUUACACGUUGAUUCAAUCACUAGUCAAUCCGCACCUGCUUCCAGCACUGAAAUAAAAGGUAUUAUUUGGGAGCCAGGUAAAAUGUAAACCCAAUAAAGCCUCAAAUCAAACUAA